AGGCAUGGUGGCGGGUGCCUGUAAUCCCAGCUACUCGGGAGGCUGAGGCAAGAGAAUUGCUUGAACCCAGGAGGCAGAAGUUGCAGUGAGCCGAGACCGCGCCAUUGUACUCCAGCCUGGGUGACAGAGCGAGACUCUGUCUCAAAAAUAAAUAAAUAAAUGAAAGUAUUUAAUGAAUUAUAUUAUACCAUCUAUAUAUAAACAAAGGACCAAUUUUCUUUCAAAUCAUUACUUCUACCUCCAUAAUUAAUACGGUAUUCUAUUAUAAUCAACAACUUACGUUAUGUCCCCAGUUAUAUACUCUUUUUUUAAAAAGGGGGGGCUGUUCUCUAUGACCGUUGUAGGACUUCAUCUUGAUUUUGCUGUGUUUAGUGAUAACAUUGUUCUCAUGGGGUUGUAUCUGUUCUAUUUUUUAACGUUUUAUUUAAUGAAUGAUAAUUUUUGAUACUUAAAAUUACAGAUUAUCUUUUGUGAUCUUAUUUGAAUGUGUGUGGACUUUUUCGUUCCCUAGAUUGACUUUUAAUUAUUUUUUCUGGCUCUGUGAUUCCUUUUAACCUUUUGCUUUUAUUUUACCUUAUUAUCGUUUGCCACAUUAGAUCAUUUGUAUGACAAGGCAGGAUAUGAAUAAAUAAUUUUAUAAUUUAAUCCAAUAUUAAUUACAGUUUUGCUAUGUAGGAAUAAUUUGGAAUGUUUUAGAAAAUUAGCAAUUCCUCUGCAUUUCUUUUUUCAAUUAUCAUGGCAACAUUAAAGGUUUUGUAAAACUAGUACAGAAGUAAACAUCUUUAAGUUUACUACUUCUAAAAGAAAUAUCUAUAUCCCACUGUUCUGAGUAGAAAGUAAAAAUUUGUAUGUUAACAAUUAUUGGAAAUGGGAUCUUGCUUAUGAGUAUUCAAAUGAACACAUCUCAUAUUCUUGACCUUUGCAUCAUUAAUUCAGAGAGCCAAGUAGCUUGACACUAGAACAUAUUUAGAGGAGUGACUCAUUUUUAUGAUUCAUUUUUCUGUUAAUUCAAUAAACAUUUUCUUGUAGUAGCCUUUAUUAGUAUAUCUUCUAAUGUGUUAUGUAUUUUUAAGCUUUCAACUUCACUUAAAUGUCUUGUUUCUUAGCUGUUUCCCUAGCGAUUAAAAGUUCCAGUUGUUACUUUCAAUCUAUAACAGCUGCAAGAACAACUCUUCUUUCCAAGCCAGCUCUCCUAAAUUCCCGUUGUUAGAGUUGGUAUCUAUAUUUAGCUAGUGGGAUUAAAUUGCAAAGGCUUCAAGCUGGGCAAAGCACACUGAUCUGCCUUUUUACAGCUAGACCUGUGUGCUGCAAGGAGCUAAGGCCUUCAGUGUCCCCUUCCUUACCCAGGUUUCUCACAGAAUGGAUUCCCAGCGGGAACUUGCAGAGGAACUGCGGCUUUACCAAUCCACCCUUCUUCAGGAUGGUCUAAAAGAUCUCCUGGAUGAGAAAAAAUUCAUCGAUUGCACCCUAAAAGCAGGUGACAAAAGUCUUCCUUGCCACAGAUUGAUUUUGUCAGCUUGUAGUCCUUACUUCCGUGAGUACUUUUUAUCUGAAAUUGAUGAGGCGAAAAAAAAGGAGGUAGUGCUAGAUAAUGUGGAUCCUGCUAUACUUGAUUUAAUCAUCAAAUACCUGUACUCUGCCAGUAUUGAUCUCAAUGAUGGAAAUGUGCAAGAUAUUUUUGCAUUGGCCAGCCGCUUUCAGAUCCCCUCAGUGUUUACUGUCUGCGUUUCUUAUCUUCAGAAAAGACUUGCUCCUGGUAACUGUCUAGCCAUCCUAAGAUUAGGACUUCUUCUUGACUGCCCGAGACUCGCCAUUUCUGCCCGUGAAUUUGUGUCUGAUCGCUUUGUACAGAUUUGUAAGGAAGAGGACUUUAUGCAACUGUCUCCACAGGAACUGAUCUCAGUCAUUUCAAAUGACAGCCUAAAUGUAGAAAAAGAAGAAGCAGUAUUUGAGGCAGUGAUGAAAUGGGUGCGAACAGACAAGGAAAACAGGGUUAAAAACCUUAGUGAAGUGUUUGAUUGUAUCCGUUUUCGCCUUAUGACAGAAAAAUAUUUUAAGGAUCAUGUUGAGAAAGAUGAUAUAAUUAAAAGCAACCCAGACCUCCAGAAAAAAAUCAAAGUUCUAAAAGAUGCUUUCGCAGGCAAACUCCCAGAACCUAGCAAAAAUGCCACGAAGACUGGGGCUGGUGAGGUGAAUGGUGAUGUUGGUGAUGAAGAUUUACUUCCUGGUUACCUGAAUGACAUUCCCAGGCAUGGAAUGUUUGUAAAAGACCUCAUCCUCUUGGUUAAUGACACAGCAGCAGUGGCUUAUGACCCCACGGAAAAUGAAUGCUACCUUACUGCACUGGCUGAGCAGAUUCCCAGAAAUCAUUCCAGCAUUGUUACCCAGCAAAAUCAGAUAUAUGUGGUAGGAGGACUAUAUGUGGAUGAAGAAAAUAAGGAUCAACCUCUACAGUCAUACUUCUUCCAGCUCGAUAGCAUAGCAUCUGAAUGGGUUGGACUUCCACCUCUGCCUUCAGCCAGGUGUCUCUUCGGUCUGGGAGAGGUGGAUGAUAAAAUCUAUGUAGUUGCAGGCAAAGACCUUCAAACAGAGGCUUCGCUGGAUUCAGUAUUAUGCUAUGAUCCUGUGGCUGCAAAAUGGAACGAAGUAAAAAAACUCCCUAUCAAAGUCUAUGGCCAUAAUGUGAUUUCACAUAAAGGGAUGAUAUAUUGUCUAGGAGGAAAGACAGAUGACAAAAAAUGUACAAACAGGGUGUUUAUCUUCAACCCCAAAAAAGGAGAUUGGAAAGAUCUGGCUCCAAUGAAAAUUCCUCGUUCCAUGUUUGGAGUAGCAGUCCAUAAAGGCAAAAUUGUGAUUGCAGGAGGUGUCACUGAAGAUGGUCUUUCAGCUUCAGUUGAAGCUUUUGACCUUACAACAAAUAAAUGGGAUGUAAUGACCGAAUUUCCCCAAGAAAGAAGCUCCAUCAGUUUGGUCAGCCUGGCUGGAUCUCUGUAUGCAAUUGGUGGUUUUGCUAUGAUUCAACUGGAGUCUAAAGAAUUUGCACCCACUGAAGUCAAUGACAUAUGGAAGUAUGAAGAUGAUAAAAAAGAAUGGGCUGGGAUGUUGAAGGAAAUACGUUAUGCUUCAGGAGCUAGUUGCCUAGCAACACGUUUAAAUCUCUUCAAACUGUCUAAACUGUGAACAAGGGUAUCCUUACACUGAUUUUCUAUUACAAUUGGAAGUGGAGAAUAUGUGCAUCUACACUAAAAAAGUGUUUAAAAUAUCAAAAACCUCUCCUCGUGCUUCAAAAUGACAGGAAUCCUGUGCAUUAUACUAAGAAUUACAUGCCAUAAGAUGACUUCAGAAAUCCUACUUCAGAAGUGUAAUAAAUGGAUGGGGAAAUCGUUUGAUGGGGAAAAGUCUCUUGUAAGUAAAAGUAGUCAAAUUCAAA